AUGGCAGAUCAUGACGAGGAAGCAAUCGCACGAGGCCCAGGACGUGCAGCUACGUUGAAAUUCACCAUCAGUCUCUGCUUAUGCUACACACUAUGUGUAGCAUGCCUUCGAGGUUAUAUUCGAUGGAGAGCUUUCAGUCUCGAUGAUCUGAUCGUGCUACUAUCAGGGGUCUUGGCGCUUAGUUUCUUUGGUGUCGUUUUUGCGUCCAUCUCUACUGGACUCGGGCGCCCUAUGACCGAGCUGGCUACUCUCUCAUCCGCUAUCGAGAAACUCAACAACUACGCAACGGCUGGUAACAUCCUAUGGGUCAUAUCCCUAUGCGUCUCUAAGAUUGCCAUCGUUGCCAUGCUAUUGCGCACGACACAGACAAGAUUCCACAGAAGAUUCCAGUACGGCGUAAGCGCCAUAAUCGUCGCUCAAUGUCUCACAUCCGUCCUCCUUCUGAAUGUCGACUGCUCGGUCCACCAUGUGCUUGCGUGGGACAUCACCUCUGCGCACUCCGAAUGUGCCCAGAGUGAGCGACGAUGGAUUGCUCUCACAGCUCUGGACGUCAUGACCGAGGUCCUCCUGCUCUUUCUGCCCAUUCAGUUGGUGUGGGGUCUACGUAUGGCCUUCCGAACCAAACUCAUCGUCAUAUCGUCAUUUUGGCUCCGACUACCAACCCUAAUCUUCUCUGCUCUUCGCCAAAAUGAGAUACAUCAACUUACGACUACAUCAGAUGUCUCUCUCACGGCAGCCACAGUGGUCAUCUGGCAGGCUGUGGAACUAUCAUACUCUCUAGCGGCCGCGACGCUCGCUGCGCUCAAGCGGUUCACAGAGUCGCUCAACACUGGUUUCGGUCAUGGCGAGCUUAUGCGGAUUCAUGCCCCAUCUCAAGGAUACAAGCUGUCGGGUCGUGGUGUUGCUUCAGGGAAAGCGAAAGCUUCACGCAAACAGGCCUCUGCCCCCAUCUAG